UGAAUUAAAAUGCCAAGAAAUUUACAAUAUAGCUUUAGCGGAAUUAAAACUUAUGAUUCCAGAGCUAGAAGAAGCUACAAAUAAAGUAUAUGCUCUUAGUAAAAAGGAUCUCUCGGAAAUUAAAUGCCUCUCCGUACCACCAGAAGGUGUGAAAUUAGUUUUAGGAGCCAUUAUGACAUUAAAACAAGCUGAUCCUAGUUGGGCAGAAGCUAAAAGACAACUAAAUGAUCCUAAUUUUUUACAGCAGUUAAAAGAUUUCGACAAAAAUCACGUAACCGAUAAUGUCAUUAAAAAAAUCGAUGUAUUUAUAAAAAAUCCAGAAUUUGAACUAGAAAAAAUCGGUCUUCAGUCAACAGCUGCUAAGUCUUUAGGCAUGUGGGUUGUUGCUAUUGAAAAAUAUGUUAAAAUGUACAACAAAACUAUAACACCUAAAAGAGUAGCUGCAGAUUUAGCAAUGGCAAAAGUUAAAGAAGAACAAACUUCCCUUAAAGAUUUAGAAGAAAAUUUGACAAAAAAACAAAGUCUACUUGAACAACAAAAACUGGAUUACGAUGAAAAUAUUAUUAAAAAAGAACAACUUAUUACUAAAGCUGAAGAAUUAAAAAACAAUUUGGAAAAAGCUACAAAACUAAUUGAUGGAUUGUCCAAAGAAAGAAUGAAGUGGAAUAAAACAUUAAAUCAAAUCGUCAAGGAAUUUGAUUAUUUACCAGGAGAUUGUAUUCUAAGUACUGCAUUCAUAUCAUACAUGGGACCGUUUAGGUUUAAGUCUCGAGAAAUAAUUAUGAAUUCAUGGUUAAAUCUUAUUAAAGAACAUGGAACUCUUAACAACCCUAACUUUGAAGUUACUUUAUUUCUAACAAAUCCGACAACAAUCAGAAACUGGAACAACCAUGGAUUAUCCAAUGAUAGAUUUAGUUUGGAAAAUGGUAUUAUCAUUAGCCAAAGUUAUCGAUAUCCAUGCAUAAUAGAUCCACAAAGUCAAGCAUGGAGAUGGAUCAAAAAUAUUGAAUUGAAUAAUGGAUUAAAAAUUAUUGAUUAUAGAUCAACAAAUAAUAUGCAAAAUUUAGAAAUUGCAUUACAAAAUGGGUACCCAACUUUGGUACAAAUUGAUUUUGAAAAUAUUGAUCCACUUAUAAUCUCUAUAUUAUCUAGAUCUAUUUUAAAACAAAGAAAUAAACUUUUUAUACGAAUAGGUAAUAAGCUAUUAGCCUACAAUGAACGUUUUAGACUUUUCAUUACAACAAAAAUAAAAAAUUAUUAUCAUUUAUCUGAAGUAAUAACACGCACAACAGUAAUUGAUUUUGCUACUACUGAAGAAGGUCUCGAAGAACAAUUACUAAAAAUGUUAGUUAAUGUUGAAAACCCUGGUUUGGAAGAGUUCAGAGAUAAUACGAUCAUCAAUAUCGAAAAAGAUAAAAAAUCUCUAGUUGACGUACAAGAUGAAUUGCUUAAGUUAUUGGAUAACAAUGAAAGCUCGUUAUUAGAAAACGAACAACUUCUCUUAACAUUAAAAUCUUCGAAAGCAACAUUUAACAUAAUUAAAGAACGUCUUCAAAGCUCUUUAACUAGUCAAGCAGAAAUCUUCAUAGUUCGAGAAGGCUAUAGACCGUGUGCCAAACGUGCUGCCAUUUUGUAUUUUAUUAUCAAUGACCUGGAUAGAGUGAAUCCAAUGUAUCAGUUUUCGUUGGAUUUUUAUACUGAGUUGUUUAAAAAUUCAAUUAAAAAGAGCAAUGCAGCAGAACAGCUCAACGAAAGGAUUGACAAUUUAAAUGAAUAUCACACAUAUGCAGUUUAUGAAUACGUCUGUCGAGGGUUGUUCGAACGCCAUAAAUUACUUUUCUUGUUUCAAAUAUGUACUAAAAUAUUGGUCAUAGAAAAUAAAAUAAAUAAAGAUGAGUUAACAUUUUUAUUUAACGGUGGAAUUAAACAAAAUGAAAAAGAAAUAAAACAACUUAUUACCACAAAGUGUCCGGACUGGUUACCUGCAACAUGUUGGGAUAACAUUUUAGCGUUAUGUAAUUUGCCUAGUUUUUAUGAUGUAGAAAAAUCAUUUGAAAAAUACUCAACUGAAUGGUAUAAGUGGUACUUAUCCCCAGAGCCAGAAAAUUUAAAACUAGUUGGUCCAUGGGAAAAUAAAUGUAAUUUAUUUCAGCGCAUGCUAUUUAUAAGAAGUUUGCGAUUAGAUCGACUAUCAUUUUCUAUCAAACAUUUUAUAUCAAGAAAUCUUGGACGUCAAUUUUCCGAGACUCCGGUCGUAGAUUUAAAACAUACUUUAAAUAAUCUUAAUAACACAAAUUGUUUGAUUUUUAUUUUGUCCUCUGGUUCUGAUCCAACAAAUAUAUUAACAUACAUGAAUAGAAAUUUCAAUAAAAAAGGACAAUUUCAAUCUCUAUCCUUAGGCAAUGGUCAAGAAUUAAUCGCCACCGACUUAAUAAAAAUCGGACAAAAAGAAGGUCAUUGGAUAUUUCUUGAGAACUGUCACCUCCUAUUAUCAUGGAUGCCGCAGUUAGAAAAAAUAAUUGAAAAUAUGCAAGACGGUAAAGCUCAUCCGGACUUCAAGUUAUGGUUAAGCUCUAAACCACAUUCCAAAUUUCCAAUAAAUUUACUACAAACCGCUAUAAAAAUAUCGAUUGAACAACCAAAGAACAUAAAAUCCAGUUUAUUGUAUUUAUAUCAAAAUAUAAACGAAGAGCAAUAUUCUCAAAAUCCCACAUCAAUCAAAUACAAAAAAAUACUAUUUAACUUGUGUUUUUUUCAUUCUAUACUAACCGUUAGAAAAAAAUUUUUAAGCCUGGGAUGGAAUAAAAUAUAUGACUUUAGUGAUUUUGAUUUCGAGGUAUCAGAAAACAUUUUAUUCAAUUGUCUCAACGAGUACGAAGAAACGCCCUGGACUGCAUUAAAAUAUUUACUAGGAAAUGUUAUUUAUGGUGGAAACAUAACUGAUAUUUGGGAUAAAAGACUUUUGGACACAUAUAUAAACCAGUUUUUCAAUGAAAAUUCUAUUACAACUCAUUUUUACAAGUCAUCGUCACUGAUCAAUUGUAUUGUCCCAGAAAAUGGUACUUUACAAUUCUUCAAAGAAUUCAUAAAAACAUUACCUUGUGAAGAUAUAGCUGAGACAUUUGGGCAGCAUUCGAACAGCGAUAUGAUUUAUUUAACAAGAGAUAACUAUUUAUUAUGUGAAACACUAACAUCUUUACAAGAACAAUUUAUUGGUUCAUCAGUCGAUAACGAUAAAGAAAAAAAAGUGCUAUUUCAAAUAUCUCAAAUACUUCAAAAUAUUCCUUCAUUAAUUAAUUACGAAAUUAUUGCUGAAAACAUUAACAUAAAAAGAAGUAUAUCGAAUGCUGUAAUUUUUCAAGAGGCAAUGUGUUAUAAUAAUUUACUUAAGAAUAUGGAAAUAACAUUGAUGACAUUAGAAAAAGGAAUCACAAGCCUAAUGAUUAUACCUCCAGAUAUUGAAAAUAUGUUUGAAAAAUUAUACGAAGGCAAAGUACCAGAUCAAUGGCUAAAAACUUAUCCGUCUUUAAUGAAUUUGGGUGCGUGGAUGCAAAAUUUAAUUGAACGAGUAAAAUAUUUUACAACUUUGAUAAACACAAGUCAACAACCUGUAUCAAUUUGGUUAGGAGCUUUCACUUCUCCUGCUAGUUUCUUAACUUGUAUACUCUUGAAUGAAUCAAAAGAAUCUUCAGUGCAAAUAGAUUUACUGAGUUGGGAAUUUAUACCUAUGCAAACAUCAGUGAAUGACUUAAUAAAACCACCAGACAAAGGAGUAUAUAUACAUAACCUAUAUUUGGAAGGUGCUGGUUGGGAUAACGAAAAUUCGUGCUUACGUGAACCCUUGCCAUUAGAAUUGAUAACUAAACUACCCAUCAUACAUUUUUUACCCGUUGAAGGCAAAAGGAGUCUUCUAGAUUUUUACCAAAGUCCAGUAUAUUAUUGUCCUAAACGAAGUGGAACUCAUGAAACCUAUUCGUGUGCAGUUAUAUUAAACUUAAAAAGCGGGUCACAGCAUCCAGAUCAUUGGAUUAGACGAUCUACAGCAGUAUUAUUAAAUUUGGGAAAUUAA